GCCACCAAGUGGGCCCCUCCACUGGAGCUCCCCGCGGGCCGAUAAUGGGCUCAGCCGAGGAGGCGGUUAUAACUCUGCCUUAGCAUUAAGUGGAGGACCCGCUGCAGCCGGAUGAAAACCCGGAGCCGGGGUGACUUCAUACAGAAGGGAUCAUGAGAGACCAGAGAAACCGCUCCUCCCUCCUGGCCAUAGCAACAGGAACGCUAAGCAAGUAGCAGCGUGACUGCGAAGGCCCUGAAUGUAAAUAUACACUAUGGCGGUUAUCACAGUGUAUGAUACCUCUGAGGCCGUGGAAUUGAAUGCUGCUCACCGUCUGUACCUGAAACCAAAGGCCAAGUUAGUAAUCACAGUGAUCCUACCAGAGGAACAAGAUCUGUGCAGACCGAUAGCAAGCUGGGAAAUUAUAGAGCAGUUGAAGAAUUUAGUGGAUCCUUAUGAUUUCAGUUUUAUUAAAGUUACAAAAACCACUAAAGAGUUUGUUCGUGUUGAGAGUGAAACUGACACCAAGAUUUUGGCUGAACUUUUCACGGAAAAACUGAAUGGGCAGAAAUUACAAAUAAGCAGCUUAAAUGAACCCCUCAGUGUUGAGGUUACGGAGUCUCCUACUGAUUCUCCCCCUAGCCAGGAAUUACUUUCUUUACUAAUAGAACAAGAUCAAGAAGACCUAAUUGAAAAUGACCUGUUCCCACCUUGCAUUCAUGUGGACGGGUUACCUUGUAAGUGGUUUUCACCAUGGAUUUCCGGUGCGGAAAAGCCAAGUGAAGAAAUCCUGAAAGUUACCUUUGAAAAAUAUGGGAGAAUUACACAAAUAGACAUACCCAUGCUUGAUCCCUACAGAGAGGAGCCUGAUGGAAACAGUAACCAACUGAAUCCAGGCUGUCUACAGACAUUCGACGCGUUCAUCCUGUAUGGAGAUAAAGUAAGCUGUAUAAAUGCUAUACAGGCUCUUCAAGGACAGAAGCUGAUGUUUACAGGAGAAGAUGGGAAAUCUCUGUCAUGUGAUAUAAAGCUAACCCUGGACACCACCAGCCACUUUAGUGAGGAGGCAGUAAACAGAAGGAAUGCAGAACGUCUUAAACUACAGGAGCUGGAGCAGCAACGAAAACAAGAAAAACAGGAGGAGGAAGCUUUGAGAAAAAAAGCAUUAAUACGAUACAGAGCAAGGAGAAGACGAGCAAAGUUGAAAAGGAGACUUCAGAAGCAGAAAGAAUGUGAGCAAAAGAAAGCCCAAGAGUGUGAAAUCUGCACCGAUGAAGGAGUGGAUGACACACAAGAAUGGGAAGAUAGGAAAUUGCUCCUGGCACAAAGACGAGUUGAAUCAAUCAAGCUUCUCUCUUUGCUUCUGGACAAAGUUAAUGAUCUAGUACAAGUCAGAAGACAAAAUGAAGAGGCCAUGGAUUGUAAUAUUACAAAUGACUCCAGUGAAUUAUCCCCGUAUUCAGUAAAAAGCAGGAUAGUUUCUCUGACUAUAACAGACGAAGAAGGUUGCAGUCAGCAUGAGACUGAGCCAGAAGAGAUGGAAAGUGAUGUUUCCUAUUCAAGCACUGUUCAUAUACCCCAGGAAAAAAGUCAAAGUAAGUCAUUGGUUCAUAAAGAUGUGUGGUAUUGUGACAUUUUCCACUGUAUUCCACAUGAGGAACGUGAGGAUGAGUUAAAAAAUGAACAAGAACUGUAUUUUGACAAUCCUAAUUUCAAGUUGUCACACCCUCAAAAUGGUUUCAAAGAUAGUUAUUGCAGAAGACGCAAAGUUUACGAAACCGAAGAGUUCAUUCAUUAUUUGUUAAAUUAUUACCACUGCCCUGAGUAUCCAAGGUUGUUUCUAGAAAACAGAGACUGUGGCAAUAAGUCUUGGUGUCAACGAGUGGUUCAAUGCGAAGGAAACAACUUUCAGAUAAAACUCAAGAGAAAAACUGGUAAUUUGCCAGAAAUGGGAUAUAUGACAGAUGCUGAUCAGCACAUGGAAGAAGGUGGAAGUAGAGAGAAGCGAACGGUUCAUGAACCAGAAGAAAAGGCGCAGGAUAUUCUUGAUUGUAAAAUCAUUUCCAAUGAGAUUCAGAUACCUUUAGUCGAGACAGAACACGAGGCUCCAUCGGUAAGAUCUCAUGUAAAACAGCAUGAACAAGAUUAUCCGAGGACAUGGAAGAACGAGGAGCGUUCUCAAAGUUCUGAAACCAACAAUGAACUUAAAGAUGUUCUAGAGCAGAUCAGCAGCACAUCGGAAUACUUCAGUGAGGAGCCUAAUGAGACCAUAAAAAAACAGGUGAAUAUCAGAAAAAUUCCCAGGAAGAUUAGAAAUCUGAGAAAAAUAAGAUCAUGUUGUUUUUCUGAACACAAUGGUGCCAGUAAUUGCUGCCAUGAAGAUAUAUUGGAGCAUUUUUUGCAUUCCUAUUCGGUAUGCAGGGGUUUAAAAAAACAUUCUAGAUGUAGACAAACGCCACCAUGUCAAAAAAAAAUGUCAAAAACGAACUUUCAUGUUAGAUAUGAUACAGAAACGAGUGGCUCCGAUACAGAGAAGGACGAUAGGAUUGUAUUGAAGGCAAAGAGGAUGAAGAAAAAGAUCCAUCCCCAAUGUUUCAACGAGGGACCCUAUAGAGAUAGCUCCUUGACAGAAACCAGUACGAGUGAGUCAUGGGGGCCACAACCCUAUAAAACGAGAAAACAUCUGCGCAGGAGAGGCAUUUGUAAUGCCCACCAGCACUGGAAAUCAAAGAGACGGCUCGAUCAGUGGGAAUAUUGUUGUCCAGGGGAUGAAUCCUCAUCUCAAAACGAGUCUGUGUCCAUUGAGCAAGAUGAACAUUCUUUACUUGAACCAGAUGAAUCCCCAAGUUGUGAAAAAUCUUCUAAACUAUGCAACCCCAGACAUCGUCAUCAGUCUGGAGAAACCGACCACAGUGGAGUACGUAGUAAAGGUUCGUUCAGUGACUAUUUAGACUGGGAACAACAUUUUUACCGUGGAAAGUUGUGUUAAACCCAUAAAGCAGAGACACUGGGAGAUAAAACCUAACCCAAUUUCUAAGAGGAUUUUUGCUACAUUAAGUGCCUUCGUAUAAAGCAUAUUUACAGUAGAAUUUCUUGCAGAACAUCAAUGAAAUGUUCUCAACUAAUGUAGGUUGCUGGAAGAAAAUUAUUUUUUGUUGUUAUUGUUUGUCUUUGCACUGUUACUGGUUUUAUUUAUUAGUUCUUGAUAAUUUAAGAAAAAUCAACAGAAACUAUAUUUCUGACAUACAAACAAUGCAGUAGACCAUUCAUAUUCUCUAACUUCAUAUCUGACAUGAAAAAGGAUAUCCAUCAUUAGGCAUACAGAUACAAAAAAAAACCUUUAAAAAUGAGUUUUAAAGGCUCUAAUUGUUUAAGUAAGACAAAUUAAACAU